AUGGCUUUAGGCGCAAGCAGGACGCUCUUGACACUAUUCGUCACGUUUUGGGCACCGGGAUGCGGAUUGACAGCAGAGAAGCCCCUUCGGACACACAAUGGGAAACAGACCUCUGUGGACAAGAUCCUGAGGGAAAGCUGGGAGCCUUCUAUCCAUCUGGACGGAAGACCCGUUGACCGCUUCGUGAUCAGCUCCAACAAACCCACGAGGUCUCACCGCUUCGCUAAAGCGGGCAAGGACAGUCGCUCUCAUCUACUGGAGGAUGUAGACCCUGAAUGGGUUAACCUGGAUGGCUUUGCCGUGUUGGGCGGUGCACCUGUCAACAACUCAUCAGCAGGUCCACUCAGGUUUCCACACACUCCAGCCAGAAAGCAGCCGUCUGUGAGGCGAACCACCAGGGUGAACAGGACGGCUCAUCUAUCAGGCGUGUCUAAUACCAGGACACAAAGGAGGGCACCUCAGUCCUCCUCGGGUCCCAGGCAGCCUGAGAGAGCUUUGCCAGGAACCCCGCUGCUGCAGAGGAGAUAUCCACACCACACCAAGCCUCAGUCGGAUCAGAGGAACCGUAACGCACACAAACUAACAUCUGAGUCCGUUCAUGUGGUGUCAAUGCAGGCACAGAAAGCCCUGGGUCGUAGUGCAUCCGCCGGCAGAGCAGUCGCAACCAAAACAACCACACCAGAGCCACCAGAGUACGAGGCCCGGGACAUAAGUGUCAGGGUCAUGUCUCCUCAGUCCGUCCUCAUCACCUGGGUUGACCCUGCAGUGGAGAUGGGGAAAGUCGCCCCUGGGGCAUCCAGAUCCUACACAGUUAGGUACAGGGAGAAGGGUGAGUCGGCACGCUGGGAGUACAAGGACAGCACCCAGAGGAGAAUGAUGGUCGAAACCCUGUCCGCUGACGGCAUGUACGAGUUCUCCGUCAGAAUCUCCCAAGGAGACAAUCAUAGCAAGUGGAGUGUCUCGGUCUUUCAGAGGACUCCUGAGUCAGCACCAUCUGGACCACCAGAGAACUUUGAAGUCAAGCCACUACGAGGGAAAGGAACAGCUGUCGUAGCAACAUGGGAUCCACCUGAGGAACCCAACGGCAGGAUAAGAGAGUACAUCCUGUCGUAUGCUCCUGCUAUGCAGCCAUUUGGAAUGAAGAGUGUGACGUUACGUGGCAGCACCACCACAGCCACCGUCGAUGGCCUCAAACCGGGAGACCGGUACAUCUUCAAGAUUAAGGCCACCAACAGGAGGGGGCAGGGACCACAGAGCAAGGCCUUCAGUGUUGCCAUGCCAGGAUCCAGCAGCACGGCCUCAUCAUCCUCUAAAACCAAGGAAACCCCCAGAACAAGCCACAGUCCCUCCGAACAGGAUACUGACCAUGACGAAUCUGACCUCUUGCCAACAGAGGCACCAGAGGAACCAACAACAACCCCUCCACCACGACCUGCUGCACCUGUAAACAGGCGUAAACACCCGCUCUCCCAGUCACGCGCCUAUCACAGCAUCUUGUCCACUGUGAGGGGCUCGGUGAGGAACACAGGAAACAGAGGUUCCUCCAAAAUAAGGGCUCAAGAUAAGGAGGAGGAAGAGGAGGAAGAAGAGACAAUACCUACAACACCAUCUCCAGUAGAGGAGACAACAACCAUGCAGACAAAAGAGCCAGAUAACGAUGUUUCCCUUGACCCUGACGAUGACGUGGACUAUGAUGCGCCAACUACUGAGACCCCCAACCUCAAAGUUAUUAGACCCUCACCAACUAAACUGGCUACUGCUCGUCCCAAAACACAACCCAGAAGGCCCAUAAAGAUAAGGGUCCAUGACAGACCAGUAUCCAAGGGGGCCUCCUCCUCAUCUACUUCUUCAUCAUCUUCAACUUCCUCCUCCUCUGAUGCCUCCUCAUCUUCGUUUCCCUCUACUUCCUCUUCAUCGGGCUCAACCUCAUUAUCAUCUUCUUCCUCACAUAAUCAAGAGUCAGCGGCCAGUAGAAAGGACUAUGUAGCUUCUACGUACCCAAAGAGUAAAGACACCUACGAUAAGACCAGUAUGACAUAUAACAAACCUUCCACUCCGGUUGUAAAGGAGGAUAGUUCACAGCAGUCAGAGGCCACAGCUUUAGGUAGAGUGCGUCACAGUGGGUCGAGUUUUGGUUUUGGACGAAGAAAACCUGGAAUUUUGUUUAGAGGGAAUUCAAGUCGAAUAUCCAAUGGUUACAAACCUGCCAUCACCUCACAGUCAAAUUUGCCAAGCAGAACUCUAACCCAAGCAACAUCAAACACACGCACUUCAGUAACAACACAAGAAAAGACUGACAAUCAUGAAACAUUAAAUACUUUCAAUCCAACAACAUCAAAGCCAACUUCAGGAAGGGCGUCCAACGGUCACACAACAUCUGAAACAAAUCACUCUGACAAAUCGCAGAGCAGCUCACAGUCCAGGUCACAUGGCAGCUCACAGCACCCGUCCACUGCAGCCACAUCAGGCUCUUCUCCGUCAACACCACACAGAGGAUCUCACAGCUCUGCAACUUCCCACAGCCCGCACAAUUCACACACAUACAGCGAGGGAAAUGAAAACACAGAUGCAGAAGUAGCCAAAGACGAGGAGCCAACAGAGGAGGAGAGAACUGAUAAAAAACCUGUGGUUUCUCGGACCCGAAUUAGUCCCUCCUUGGUCGAAAAAUACCCUUUGCUAGCAAGUCGUUAUCCAGGAAGAUUCAAUUCAGGAACAAGGAUGUCAUCUUCCAGGCAGGACGGUAGGACCCCUUGGACUCGGACUUCAGCCUCUGUAGGGGCUGGCAGACCUAUCUUGAGGGGGGCACCCACUCGGGUCGCAGCUGCUUCGGGUGCUGCCGGAGUGUCCACAAUUCAAGAGACCAGUGAAGAUCUGAAGGCUCCUCUCACUCAUGACUCAGUUAAAUAUGGGAUUGGGGCGGGCUCGACUAAGCCGUCUCUGACAGAUAAAAAUAUGGCAGCUAGUGACACGAGAAACCCAACUACCUCAUCCUCCUCUUCCUCAGCAUCCUCUUCUCCAAAUUCCCAUCAUUCUUUAGGUGGACACAGAGACACAAUUGAGCCUAUACUUAGUGGAACAUCUUAUGACAAUAUUAAUAAGGACUUUGUGGAUGAGGCAAGUAGAGAAGUCAGUGGGAGAAAUGAGGAAGUUGCAGACCCCACAGCUGCCCAGAAGAAUCCUGUUAUAACAUCAGCAGACCCUCACAGAAACACAGAGGACAAUGAGAGUGUGGAUACAACGGACCCUUCUUCCAGGACCAGGACAGGCACGUCUUUAGGAGCCACUUCAACUCACCGUCGUCUUGGUGUAGGAAUGAAUGGGAGGGGGCGCUACCCUCUGUUGGCUAAUAGGCAGUUUGGUGGAUCGAGACUUCCCUUCAGACCACAACCAGCACAGAACUCAAGGCUGGAUACUUCAGCAUCACAAUAUCCUUCAUCAAAUUCACCAGUGUUGACCUCAGAUCGUGAGGCUGGCACUGGUACUGCAGUGACAAACACAGGGGGAAUAAAUGGAGGAAGCUCCCAGUCCACACUGCCGUCUUCAUCAUCUUCAUCUUCCUCUAGGGACAGCUUUAGGGGACAAGGGGGUAGGUCUCGAUAUCCCAUCAUCAGAGGGAAACCAAUCAAUGGAGGAGCUGUCAAUGGAAAUGGUAAAGUCAAUAGCAAAAACGGUCGACCGAACCUGACAGCAACUAACAUUAAAGAUUCCUCCUCCUCCUCUCAUGGAACCAGUAAGGCCGUUGGUCAAAGGUUUAUCACUGGACCUGAUGGAAACAAAUGGGUGGUAGACUUGGAGAGAGGGAUUCUUAUGAACCAGGAUGGACGAGUUCUCCAGGACUCCGAUGGCAAACCUAAGAGAGUCAUCCUUGGCGAGGAUGGACGCACAAUUUUUGACCACAUGGGCAGUCCACUGCUAAACAAUGAAGGCAUGGCUCUGUUCGGCCAUGGCAGAGAUAGUCAGCCAGUGGUCAACCCCAAAGAGAAGCUCCUCAUGGUCGGAGGGAAACCUUUACUUGGCUUGGACCGUCCCCGCUUUAGGGCUCCGAUCAAACCCCAAACCACCACCACCACCGUGGCUCCUACCACCACACCUGAACCCACCACCCCUGAAUGGACCACACAGGAGUUUACCACCACAGUGAAAUUCCCAACCUGUCCACCAGGAACCUUCGCUAAGACAGAUGAAUAUGGGUAUCCACUGAUGGACCAAGAAGGAAUAUUAGACUGUUAUCCAGAAGAGGAAUCAUCAGGAUUGGAAAUGGACUACAUGGUUACAGUGACCAUGGUGCCUGAUGCUUUAGCUCUUAAGAAAGAUGAGUUAUUUGAGCAGACCACCCAGCCGCCGCCCACCACCACCGAUCCCACCACCACCACCAUAGAGAUCUCGACUGCCGAGCCGCAAACCAGACCCUCCAACCAUGGACCUUCAUCUGAGUUUGACCUCAGUGGGAAGAAACGAUUCAUAGCUCCCUAUGUGAACUACAUCCGGAAGGACCUAGCGUCCCCCUGCUCCCUGACGGAGGCGCUGGAGUUUCUACAGGUGGACGUCCUGGAAGACCUGAUGAAGAGGGACAGGGUCCAAGCCAAUCAGAACCAGCCUCCCAAAAACAAGCCCCAGAACUUCACCGUGGUCGCCAUGGAGGGAUGCCAUUCGUUUAUCAUCCUGGACUGGGCCCGCCCACUGAAGAAUGAUAUGGUGUCAGGCUACAUGGUUCACAGUGCGUCAUAUGAUGAUGUGCUCAACAAUAGAUGGUCUUCUAGAUCCUCCAGCGGGACUCACCUGCCUGUGGAGAAUCUCAAACCCAACUCAAGGUACUACUUCAAAGUGCAAGCCAAGAAUGUGUUUGGUUUGGGACCAGUCAGCGAAACACUCACCUAUGUGACUGAAUCAGACGAUCCUCUUCUCAUCGAAAGGCCACCUGGUGGAGAACCAAUCUGGAUCCCCUUCACCUUCAAAUACAACUCGGCCCACAGCAGCUGUAAGGGCAGCCAGUACGUCAAGCGGACGUGGUACAGGAAGUUCGUGGGCGUGGUUCUGUGUAACUCACUGCGAUACAAGAUUUUCAUGGGAGACGGUCUUCGAGAGCCUUUCUACAGCAUAGGAGAUACAUUUGGACAGGGAGAGGACCACUGCCAGUUUGUGGACUCCUACAGGGAUGGAAGGACAGGCCCGGCCUACCUUUCAAAUAAUCUGCCCUCAGCACAAGGUUUUUAUCGAGCAUACCGACAGGAGCCCGUCACAUUCGGAGUCGUUGGCAGACGUACUGCUCAUCCAUUCGUGGGUUGGUAUGAAUGCGGUGUGCCCAUCCCUGGGAAGUGGUAACACAGGAGGAGGAAAAGGAGGAGGUGACAUUUCUAUGGAGGGCAACUGGUCUGCAUCCCGCUGCAGGCUCACACCUUCACUGGUCCUGCCCGUAAACAGAGACUUUUGCCUGCCACGAGAAAAAGAGACCACUACAAGUUUAUUACAGCUUCACAGAAAGAGAAUAUAGUACUUUUUAAACAACUCAAUGUAUAUCGUUACAAUGCACUUUUUAUAUAAAGCAGUCUGUAUAUGAGGGAAAAAGAAGCAUGCGUGCUCUCGCUUAGUUUAACUCUUGUCUUAAAGUGUCCUUGUACUAUUCCCAACUCUGCCAGAGACAGGUCCUUCUCCAGUGUUAUUUAUCUCAUCAGUAAUGCACACACGGUCAAAGCAGGGACAUUGGACCAAAGCACAGGCUGCGAAGAAAACUGUAAGAAUGGGCACUUGAGGUGUGUAUAGGUCUGUUUAUUUUCUAUCAUGAGAUUUGUCUUUCAUAAUGUACUUACGGCUUCUGACAGCUACUUUUGAUUUGUUUAUAUGUGUCCUUAAAUCUUCAUACAGA